GAACAUUCUGGGUAUCUGCUGAAGACUUCCAGGUCAGUCAGCUAGCAUGAAGCGAGGAGGCUUCAUUCAUUGUGAUCGAAACGAAGCUCUUUAACAAAAUAAAAACGCAACAAUGACACUCACACCUCUCGUGUACUGGGCUCAACGCCAUGAAGAAAUUUACCUGCGAGUGGAGCUGACAGACGCUCAGAAUAUAGAUGUCCAUGUACAGGAAAGCGUCCUUCAGUUUAGAGCCCGGGGCCAUGGUGCAAAAGGACAAAAUGAAUAUGAGUUCUGCCUGGAGUUUCUUUCACCAGUGAAGCCAGAGGUGAGCCACAAGUCCACACAACGGCAGGUAAAUAUCACAGUGCGGAAAGAGCAGCGUGGCUGGUGGGAGAGACUCACCGUACAGGAGCGUAAACCCGUUUUCCUGGCACCUGACUUUGACCGCUGGCUGGAUGAGUCAGAUGCUGAGAUGGAGAUCCGAGAAAAGGAGGAGAAAAGGAACAAGCUGAAGGCUUUGAGGCAGAAAGAGGAAGGGUUUGUCAGCCUGAAAACAGGAUUUUUGUUUGUAUAUAACCUGGUACAGUUUCUUGGUUUUUCAUGGAUCUUUGUCAACAUGACUGUGCGCCUCUUUAUAUUUGGCCAAGAUUCUCUCUACGACACAUUUCACACUAUAUCGGAUGUGAUGUUCUUCUGCCAGAUCCUGGCAGCAGUAGAGGUCCUCAACGCGGCUUUUGGUGUAGUCAGAACAGCUGUUGUUCCAACACUUAUACAGGUGGUUGGAAGGAAUUUUAUCCUCUUCAUCAUUUUUGGUAGUUUGGAGGAAAUGCACCACCAGCCAGUUGUGUUCUUUGUUUUCUAUCUGUGGAGCGCCAUCGAGAUUUUUAGGUAUCCGUUUUACAUGCUGGGCUGUUUUGACACAGAGUGGAAAACACUCACAUGGCUGCGGUACACAAUCUGGAUACCACUGUACCCACUAGGUGUUUUAGCUGAAGCUGUUGCUGUUAUACAAUCCAUUCCCAUCUUUUACGAAACCAAACUCUUCAGCAUUCCUCUGCCGAAAGCCAUCGGCACCUCUAUCAGCUUCUCUUACAUCCUGCACCUUUAUCUUGUUCUCAUGUUUCUGGGACUUUUUAUCAACUUUCGUCAUCUUUACAAGCAGAGGAAGAGGCGUUUCCGUACCAAGAAGAGGAAAGCAAAUUGAGCUUCAGCACCAACAAUAAUCCUCAAACACCUUUGCUGCCUGCUAAUUUUCUGGAGGAUUUUUUUAUAUGAUCCUCACAAACCAUGGUCCAGUCAAAUCAGUGAUGUUGAAGAUAUUUUCUUUUCCACAGCCUGUUUGCUCUCAAUGAUUUCCUUUAUGGUCAAAAUGAACAUCCUAAAGAUGAUGCAAUAUUUCAUCACUGCAUAGACGGUCUCACUUACUAUUGAUUGAAUUCCCUUAUGUGAAUUUUGUAGAAUAGUAAACUAACCCAUAACCAGUCACAGACCAUGUGAUCCUGUGUGAUACAGUGUUUCUUUUUCCUUUUAAUCUAGGUUGAGUUUUUUGUUUGUUUAACGCAGUGGUAUUUUUGCUUGACUACAUAACAAGCACUGAUCAGGAAAUACUAUAGUCAUUUGAUACACAGUAAUUUCUGUAUAAAUGAAGAGAGUAACAACCUUAUCAACAAAUACUGUAUUUGUUAUUAUUCCACGUUUCUAAACCGUCCCACAAACCUCAGGGAAAAUUGUACUUGUGACUGCUUAAAUACAAAGAGUGUUUUGUGUCCGUCCUGCUCAACAAUAACCUGCUGUGAAGAAGUUUUGUUUGUAUCCCUUCCUCACACUGCUGUUUUAUUAUUUUGUAACCUAAAUUUUGAAAGCAAACAAUAACAGUCAUUUCCCAGGUUUCCUGUAAAUUUGGCAGUUAUCUGACAUUGAAUAAAAAUGGAAUCUACA